GCGUAUUGGAUUUAGAAAGGGUCAUAGGAGAGGAUAUAUUAGAUUUAUUGGUAGCAGCGGAUGAAUUGUUGUUGGAAGAAUUAAUUACAUAUGCGCAAACAUAUUUAAUACAAAAAAAAUCAAGUUGGGUACAGCGACAUAUGAUAGAAGUAUUACAUACUGUAUUUCAACUUGUGUCUUGUAAAAAGUUGCAAGAAUAUUGUUUAGAAACAAUUUGCGAAAAUCCUAUACCAUUUUUCGAAUUGAAAAAUUUUUCUACUUUGGAUAAUGACAUCUUAUAUCAAUUAUUAUGUAGGGAUGAUUUACAAGUUGAAGAAGUGUUGGUCUGGGAUUACUUAAUCAAAUGGGGAAUUUACCAAACCAUGUUAUUGGAAUCGGAGUAUGAUGAUUAUCAAAGUCAGAGCGAACAGAGUGAAGCGGAAAAUCAACAAGUGCAACAGAAACGACACCGUCAUGUUCAUCAUCGGAAAAGCAAUUCAACCUCUUCAGUGAUGACCUCACAUACAACGCCAUACCCUUUACGUGAAAAGAACGUUUCCAACGAAAUAUUUGAAGAUAUUAUGGCAUAUCAUAUGAAUAAUAUGAAUGGUGUAGAACCGAAGGCGUGCACUCUAUUCCCUAGGUUAGGUCAUAUCCCUAUAGAAUCAAAUAUAAUUAAACCUAUACAUGCGGCAAUUCUAUCAAAUUGGAUUUAUCGUAAAGACACAAAAUCAUUUAAAACCGGUGAUUCUUUUAUAUUCACUUUGGGUGAUGGUGAAAAUUUUCCUAAAAUUAAAUUAAGUAGAGUCAGUAUACCUGUAGCAGCUAUUUUCGAACAUCAAAGCGGUGGAUUGAAUUUUGGUGGUGGUGAUUUGAAUGUGAAUGAUCGUAUCGUCUCUUGUCAAAAAAAUAUGCAAUCUUAUGAACAUAGAAUUUUAGAUAUUGAUAAUUAUCAAGCUGAAGAAUUUGAGAUUCCAUAUAUAGAUGCCGGUAUUUAUUUAUCUGUUUUGAUUUUCAUUUACAUCAAAUACAACCAAAAAAUUUGGACUAGGUUACAAUACUGUUUGGGUACUUCAAUAAGAUCCAUUGCUAUCCGUUUGAGACUUUUGGAUCAAUGGAAAUUGGGAAAUUACAAAAUUGAAUGCUUUAAAUUAUGUUUACAUCAGCAUCAUCCAAAUAAGGAAGUUUAUGAUAGUAAAAGUCAACCUAAUUUUGCAUUGUAA